GAAGUGAUGAGUGAAAGUAGUUUCAAAGGUUCCGAAGAAUUCAGUAUUCAAAUUAUCUCGCCCCGCAUCUGUGCGUGAGACUUUACUGAAUAGAAGGUAAAUUGGAGUUUAUUCUGAAAUGAACAUUAAUGAACGAACUCGACUGAAAGAUGACAGUGUUCCAAGAAAUUUAUGUCCGGCGACUACACGGAUGGAAAAAUGUCUUUUGGUUAUAGUUCUUCUUGUUGUAGCUGUUGGAAUCGGACUAACCGUAGCACUGGUGGCUUAUUACAGGGGUGAUCCAUAUGACGUCACACAUCCGUCACUGGAAAAAGUUUCUCCUUCCUAUUGUUUAACUGUUCCCUGUAUCACAACAGCGGCCGACAUUAUCUCAUCCAUGGAUGAAACUAAGAAACCAUGUGAAGACUUCUACAAAUAUGUUUGCGGUAACUGGAUCAAGACAUCUCCCAUGGUGGGAUCCAUGACUUCACAGUUUACCAAACUCAACCGUCUUACAACUAUGAGAUUGAAAGAAAUUCUCGAGGAGCUCCAGAAAACUUCCGAGUUAGAAGACCACCAGAGCAAAGGCAAAAAUUUUUAUUCUGCUUGCAUGGAAAUAGAAGCAGACAGUACUAAGGAUCUCCUCAAUGAUCUCCAGUCUUUUGGUAGAUGGCCCGUUAUUGACAACAAAUGGAACAGUAAACAGUUCGACUGGGUCGAUCUGAUGGGUGCAUUUAAAAAGCGUGGUUACAUAUAUGACAUGCUCCUAACUAUCUUUGUAAGGCCAGAUGUAAAAAAUACAUCAAGUACCUUGAUAGCGAUUUAUCCGCCAACCCUCGGAACAGAUCUAUCUUAUUUCACGAUGGAUGAACUACUCACUACGUACCAAGAUGGCAUCAUCCAUAUAGCUAAAUCUUUGGCUCCAGAUCUGAAUGAAACAAUAGCAGAGGAAGAAAUUAAAGCCGCUUACCAAAUUGAAAGACGUCUCGCAAAUGUGUCUAUAGAAACCAUGAAAAAAGGGAACCCGGAUAUAUAUUACAACAUCAGGACCAUCAAAGAGCUGGAGGACUUUGCACCAGAAAUACCAUGGCUAAAACUUUUAAGGAAACUGCUACCGCCUGAUGCAAAUAUAACAAAAAAUGAACGGAUAAUGGUCGCUAAACCGGAGGCUGUACUUACUUUGAAUACAAUUUUAGGCGAAUUAAAUGAUGAAAAAGGAAAGCGAGUACUUGCAAAUUACAUAUUUUACCGUUCCGUGAUCUUCGUAGCUAAACACGUCAGUUACAGCUUAUCAAGCAUCUACGACAAAAUGCAGAGCAUCUCUUCCAAGAUUCCCCAUUGGCAGUACUGUUUACAAAUGACAGUAGAUUACUUCGGUCUCUCUCUUUUUGGUUUGUAUGCGCAGAGGUAUUUGGAUAAAGACACAAAGCUCUUUGUAGAGGAAAUGGUUGAAGAUUUAAAAAAUUCUUUGAUAGAAAAGAUUGAAAAGUCUCAAUGGAUGGAUGGAAAAACGAAAGAAAGAGCUAUCAAAAAAGUGCUGAAGAAAAAAUUCACUAUUGGAUACGAAGCAGAAAUGGAGAAUGAAAAGGCAUUGAAUGAAUUCUAUGCUCCCAUAGGAAUUGGAACAAAUCAUUUCAAGAAUUUUAAAGUCGUCAAUGCAUUCAAAAUGCAAAGAACUCUGGAAGGACUGCAUAAAAUACAUGAAAGGCACAAAUGGACCGAUAUUAAUCUUUUAGCGGCGAAUGCAUUUUACCAUCCAUCGGAAAAUUCAAUUGUUAUUCCUUUGGGACUUUUGCAAGACUCAAUCAUUUCAUCUGGAAAGCCAGGGUAUGUGAACUACGGAGGAUUCGGAGCGGUGAUAGGUCACGAAUUUGCCCAUGCAUUCGACAGCAUUGGCAGCCAUUUUGAUGAAGAAGGUAACUACCGGAUGUGGUUUACAAAUGCUAGCUGGAAACAAUUCGAAGAGAAACAACAAUGUUUUGUGAAACAGUAUGAUGAUUUCUACGAGCCACGAGUUGACAGCCACGUGAAUGGCACAAUGACACUUUCGGAAAAUAUGGCGGACAGUGGAGGUCUCGAAAUAGCUCAUGAGGUAUGUUUAUUUCUUAAUUAA